CGUACGAAGCUCUCCAUCCAAAAACACUCCCCGCUUUCCCGUCUCUCUCCUCGCUCUUUCUCUCUCUACAGUCAUGGCGGCCGCCCUGAACUGCUCGGCGGCCCAACUGGCCCAACUCCUGGGUCCAAAUACGACGAAUCCCGAGGCCGCCGCCUCUCUCAUCUGCGACCAGUUCUCCGUCGUCUCCAACAAGUUCUCAGACACAUCCUACGCCAUCGACACGACCUACCUUCUCUUCUCCGCCUACCUCGUCUUCUCCAUGCAGCUCGGCUUCGCCAUGCUCUGCGCCGGAUCCGUCCGAGCCAAGAACACCAUGAACAUCAUGCUCACCAACGUCCUCGACGCCGCCGCCGGUGGACUCUUCUACUACCUCUUCGGCUUCGCCUUCGCCUUCGGGUCUCCCUCCAACGCCUUCAUCGGCAAACACUUCUUCGGCCUCAAGGAAAUCCCUGACCCCUCCUUUGAUUACUCAUAUUUUCUCUAUCAGUGGGCCUUCGCCAUCGCCGCCGCCGGAAUCACCAGCGGAUCCAUCGCCGAGAGGACUCAGUUCGUGGCCUAUUUGAUCUAUUCGUCCUUUCUCACCGGAUUCGUUUACCCCGUGGUUUCUCACUGGUUCUGGUCCGUCGACGGCUGGGGCGGCGCGGGGAGAACCUCCGGCGAUCUUCUAUUCGGCUCCGGAGUCAUUGAUUUCGCCGGAUCUGGUGUCGUUCACAUGGUCGGAGGCGUCGCCGGGCUUUGGGGAGCCCUAAUCGAAGGACCGAGAAUCGGAAGAUUCGGAGGCCCUAACGGUCGUACGGUCGCUCUCCGCGGCCAUAGCGCGAGUCUCGUUGUCCUCGGGACCUUCAUGCUCUGGUUCGGAUGGUACGGAUUCAACCCAGGCUCCUUCACCAAAAUCCUAUCGGCCUACAGCUCUGGUGGCUACUACGGCCAGUGGAGCGCAGUAGGCCGGACUGCCGUCACGACGACCCUAGCCGGAUGCACCGCUGCCUUGACGACUCUCUUCGGGAAGAGAAUCCUCUCCGGUCACUGGAACGUCACCGACGUCUGCAACGGAUUACUCGGCGGCUUCGCUGCCAUAACCGCCGGGUGCUCCGUCGUCGAGCCCUGGGCGGCGAUUAUCUGCGGCUUCGUCGCCUCCGUGGUGCUGAUCACGUGUAACAAGCUCGCCGAGAAGGCCAAAUUCGACGACCCGCUGGAGGCGGCGCAGCUCCACGGCGGGUGCGGCGCUUGGGGGAUCAUCUUCACGGCGUUGUUCGCGACGAAGAAGUACGUCAACGAGGUCUACCCGACGGAGAAGGGCCACCGGCCCUAUGGGCUUUUCAUGGGCGGAGGAGGGAAGCUCCUGGCGGCCCACUUGAUCCAGAUCGUCGUGAUAUUCGCGUGGGUCAGCGUCACCAUGGGCCCACUGUUUUACAUUCUUCACAGGCUCAAACUCCUGAGAAUCUCUCCGGAGGACGAAAUGGCGGGUAUGGAUCUGACCCGACACGGAGGAUUCGCUUAUAUUUACCAUGACGAGGACGAGUCUCAGAAACCCGGAUUUCCCCUAAGGAAAAUUGAGCCAAACAACGCCACUACUCCUCCUUCCAUUUAGGUUUUUUUUUACUUUUACUUUUAGUUUUAGUUUUCUUUUCCUAUUAACAACUAUUAUUU